AUGGGGCACGCUGGACGCCAGUUCCAAGCCCUGUUCUGGAAGAACUGGCUUUGCAGACUGCGGCACCCAGUCCUCUCCCUUGCUGAAUUCUUCUGGCCAUGCAUCCUGUUCAUGAUUCUGACAGUGCUUCGUUUUCAAGAACCCCCCAGACACAGAGAUAACUGUUACUUGCAAGCCCGGGAUCUUCCCAGCCGGGGUGUUCUCCCUUUUGUUCAAGGACUUCUUUGCAAUACUGGCUCAAAUUGUAGGAACAUCAGCUUUGAGAGUUCCAUGGAUCACCAUUUUCGUUCGUCUAGGUUCCAAACUCCAACUGAUGACAGCAAGGUCAGUAGCCUGGCCUUUUUAAAAGAGAUACAGGACCUGGCUGAGGACAUUUUUGAAACAAUGGACAAAGCAAAGAGCUUACAAAAACUCUGGCUGAAAAGAUCUGAAACCCCAGGUUCCCCUGAUGGCUCCAGUUUUCUAACAAUGGAUCUCAAUAAAACUGAGGAUGUGAUAUCAAAAUUGGAAAUCCUCCACAAGCAACCUCAUAUUUGGGAAUUUCUACAUUCACUUCCCAGACUGCACACAACCAACGCUCACUUGGAAGACAGCCUGGGUGCCGUGACACACUUUCUCCAGGCAGGUUUGAAUUCAUUAACAUCUCUGGGAGAUUUGGAUUGGCUGCCACUGCACCAGAUGAUCCCCCAGGUUUCUAGACAUGUUCUGAACGUGACCAUCUCCACCCUGAGGUUUCUGCUGCAGCACAGAGUAGCUGUCAAUGAGUCUGUUUACCACCUGUCCCUGCAGAAUAUGGUGUGGGAUCCACAGAAAGUCCACUCUGAUCUCAAGUCUCAGUUUGGUUUCAAUGACCUUCAAAUAGAACAUAUCCUGAAUUAUUCAGCUGAUCUGAAGGAGAUUCCUACACACAGUUUCUUGGAGAGGAUGAUAUGCUCCAUCUUGUCCAACACUUCUGAGGAUGAAGCUGAGAGCAAGGGCUACCGGGCAGACUGUCAUCCCAAGUGGUCAGGAGUCAAGAACUAUAUUAUCCAUGCAGUCAGCUGGCUGACACUCUACAGACAGGUGUUUGACCAGUGGCAGCAGGGUCGUCUGCUGCAGAACCUACUUGCAGGUGUCAGCCACAGUCUGGCGGCCCUUAGGGAACAGUUUAAAGAGGGGAGUGAACCAUGGAAGGUGGUGGAAGUCCUGCACACUACCCUAAUCAUCCUGAGUGACAGCUUGGCAGCGGAUGGCCCCGGAGACAGCCAUCUGCUUCCACAGAUAUUCCAGCAUCUGGGCAAGUUGCAGCGUGUGGUGACAGACCUGUUCCCGUGGCCAGUUCUGAAGAGAUUGCCCCUGCUGGAUACUGUUCUCAGGAAUGUGGUCGCCCGGGAUUUGCGUUUUGUUCAAGGAGUCCUCAGUUACCUGGAGAUGUCAGCAAUGGAUUUUAUACCUGGUGAUCCUGACAGCUGGAGACUAGAAAAGGAUGCAUUCUUUUGGGGGCUAAAGCAGCUGUUGACAAAGAAUGCUUCUGCCACUUGCCUGAAUGGAUGCUUGUCCCAGGAGGUGGCCCUCCCCACUGGGAAUGCCAGCAUCUGGAGGAGUCUCUGGGGAGUGCUAUGUCACAUCCCCUCCUUCAAUGAGACCAGUGUUUUAAAGGAGCUGCUUCUCGCAGUGAAGGAUGCUGGUCAUAGUUUGCAAGAAGUCAUUGCAGGACAUACAGAUGGACCAGUUUCCGAACAUGAUGGGCAUUUAGGCUGGCAAGAUCUUGGGACACAGCUGUCAGAAGUGAACUUUACCUGUUCUCAGACCUUCAAGCUGCCAGGAGCUGCUGCCUCACCUGAGAAUGGUAUCUCUCCUGGUGGCUGUGAGUACCAGCUUGUCUCCACAGUGAUGUCUCACAUCCUUGAGGAAGCACAAGGAUCCCUGCAGCAAGGGUUGUACUGGCAAAUCUUCUCAGGGAUCACAAGGAAGACAUGUGAAUUGGCUCGAUAUGUGAACAUGCAUGGAAGUUUCCAGAAGAGUGGUUUACAUUCUUUAUCUGAGGACUAUCCUUGUUAUACACAAAGCAUGGAUUGGAAAGUCAUCAUUGAUAAUUAUUUUGUAUUUUUCAAUAAUGUUAUGAAGUCCCCACUAACUUCCAUAGCCAGGGUCUUAAAUUUCACAAAGCACCUUUUAGUGGUGGACAAGAAUUUGCACACCCUUGAAAAUGAACAGAUGAACACUUUUUUGUCUUUUGUGGAGUUUUGGGAGGAAUUAUUAUCCAAGCCUUCUGGCUCAUUCACUGGUCCUGAAUUUCAUAAUCUCUUUUCUCUCACCGAGCUUGUUCUGAAUAGAAGUGUUAUGUGGAUAAAUCACUUAAAAAGUUUAGAGAGAGACCCAUAUGAUGGUAAUGCUCAGAAGCUUCUGGAAUUUGAUAAACUGGUCAUUGAAAAAAUUCAAAGUCUUAAAAACCAUUCUAUGAGAAGGGAAUCAAAAAAUAUUUUGAGAUUCAUAGAAUUAAUACUUCUUGAAAUUAAUCCAGAUCUACGAGAAUUCUGGCACAACAGCAUUUCACAAGAAGAAAGAGCUGAAUUUGAAAACUCACCUGCACUUGGAAAUUUUUCUGUUCCAGAAUAUGAGAAGAUUCUUAGCAACAGUUUUAAUUUCUCCCAGGUGUUCCAUUCUGGUUGGCCCAAAUCACCAGCUGUGAACACAGACUUUAUACAUUUAAGCAAGACUAUACUACACAAUCUCUAUGAAUUUAGCAUUCUGACACAGGAACAAGUCUCUAUAGCUCUGGAUACCAUCUAUGCUCUGCAGAAUGCAUCUGAGCUUUUCUCAGGCCUUUCUGAGCUCCAAAAACAAGAACUGGAUAGAAUUUUGACUCGUAUAAAUGUCUUCAAAGACAGAGAUGCAGUUAUACUUCUGCAGACCUAUUCUUCAUUUUGUCAAUAUUUUCAUAAAUUCUUGAGCAUUCAGAAUAGAGAGUCCCUGAUAAUUUAUCUUACUCAAAUCUCUGGACACCUUUUGGAUCUCAUAAAGCAGUUUAAUAUCCAAAGCAUCAGUGAAGCACUUUUGCUUUUAUCGGAGACAACAAAGGCUCUUGGGACAAUAUCUGAAGUAUCUCACUGUCAGCAAUUACUUUCAAUUUUAAACUUUUUAGAGCUUCAAGCCCAGUCCCUGAUGUCUGCUGAGGGCCUGGCACCAGGAGUGAUUCAUGCUAGUUUGACAGGCCUCAGGCAGCUGUUUGCAGCAGAUGAAGGCUUCCGUGUUUCUUUACUUCAGUAUGUCAAUCAGUUCUUUAAUGGUUCGGCAGAAACCCUAUUGCUGAGUGAAUGCUUUAUUCUGGAAGAUGCAACCACUUCUUCUGUGAAUUAUUCAGGAGAUGAGGAAUCUUUACUUCCAUUGACACAAUUUUUUUCAAACCUCUCAGUUAAUGGCAGUGUGCUCAGUGAGUUUACGGCCAUUCAUUGUACCCUUGCAUGGAUUCAGACAUGGACUGAGAUCUGGGGAAACAUUUCUCAAAUAUUUAAACUUGACCUGAAUAUUUUCACUUCGCUUCAUGUUGGUAUCAUUCAGCUUUUGGAUGAACUGGAAAAUGAUGGGAACAUUUCUAGAAACUGCCAAGGAAUAGUUCCCACUUAUCAUACUGCUAGACACAUACUAAACUUAUUUAAAAAUGUAACUCAGGAGAAUGGCUUUCAUGACUGGGAUGGCCUUCUGGACCUCAGGGAUCUUUGGGUAGCGUUAGAUAAUGAAUUAGCCGUGGUACAAACAUUUAACCUGGACCAAGCAGAGAAAUCCUUUGUCACCAUGGAAAGCUCCCUGCACCAGCUGAAGACAUUUCCAACGAAAACAAAUGCAAGCAGGGAGUUUUUAUAUUCCCUCUUUGAUGUUUUCAUUGACUUGAGCAAAGCCUCAGACUAUGUGGAUAGAAACAUGCAUCUGAUCAAUAACUUUCUUUCAAAUGAUCUCACAGAUCACAGAGACAAAUUUGCAAGUGCUGUCACUGAGCUGAGAGAAACAACAUUAUUUCUUAGGAAUGUAUCACAGGAUAGAACUUUAUUGUCAUGUGCUGAUAUUUUCCAGAGUGUCACUGGGUUGAUUUCUGAAGAUAAUUUAUUACCUGGGAACACUUCUAAGAAGCCAGCACAUAUUCUGGCCAUGUUAAGUUCCAUUUUUUCAUCCACAAACACAAGUAGCAGUCUGGAAGGGUGCCUUGCAUGGAUACCUGUCAUAAACCAUAUGUGUAUGAUGUAUAACUCAAGUUCUUUACCCAGCCAUCUUCACAGCACUUUGGGGAGCUUUAAGGAUAUGGAGAACAAAAUGAACUCUGCAUUGAAAAUUUUAACUUGGGUCCUAAAUAAGAAGAUACCCAUUUGUCCAUUGAAUGAGUCAAAUCUAGAUUGUGUGAAUAUUUACCUGAAAGACAUAACUGAGUUUCUAAAUAUUAUAGUUACCACAGGCUUAGGAGAAGAGAAGGUCCCCAAAUUUGAGAUUUUACUAGCUCUCUUCAAUGAUUCCACAAAGCAGGUAAAUAUGAUCAUCACCAAUUUAACAAAAGACUUCGAAUUUGCAUCUCAAUCUGACUGGAAGCGCUUCAAGGACUUACUUCUGAGACCCAUAGAAAUAGCAGAUGACAUUCCUGAUCAGUUUCAGAAUAUUUGGCAGCACAUCAUCGCAUUGGGGAAGGAAAUGCAGAAACUUUUAAAAGGUAUUUUCCAAAGAGUCCUCGGAAAUAAUUCCUCUUCUAACACCGAAACGGUAUUUAGUGUAUUAUCUACCAGUCCAAAGGAAAGAGAUAUAAGCCGCUUAGGCAAUUCAAUUUACCACUUAGCUAAUUACUUUGCUCUCCACUUAACUCAUGAUCUUCAGAAUUCAUCAGAAAUCGUCCCGCAUGACAUAUUGAAGGCUGUGGGUCUUGGAAUUCAACUGACAAGGGAUGUGUUCAACUCCUUAAUGCCUGCUGUCCGUUUCAAUAUUCCACAAAAUUCAGAUCAUGCUCAAGUUUUAAAGAAAGUGACAUCUCUCAUGCAUUCUCUCAAGAAGGCAGACAUAGAGCUCUUAGUAGGCCAGCUGGGUGACAUCAGUGAAAACCUAAGGAGCUUCUUUAAGAAUCUCAGCAGAUCAGGAGUCGACAAUUUAGGGGUCAAUAUGCUUGUUGGCUUAGUGGAAAAAUUUGUAGACAGCUCCCACUCAUGGAGUGUUGAUCACCUGCUGCGUCUCUCCCGUCUGCUUCCGAAGGAAGUGGUGAGUGCUGUGUUGGAUGUAUAUUAUACUCUUCCCCACAUGGUGGAGCUCCUGCAGAGAGUCACAGAUAAAAACAUCACAGAAAGCCUCAGGGAUAUCUAUAACUUCACACUUCUUCAUGGAAUAACCAUGCUCAAUACCACCAAGGAAGACUUUGCCGAUGUGAUUAAAACUCUUCUGGAUACAGUUGAGUUAGUAUCAGAUGAGCCAGGUGUGAUUUCAGAGGCUUUAAUGUGCCUUCCCAGGGUUUGGUGUUCAAAGCACACAGCUUCCAGGCUUGGGGAAAACCUUAAGGUAGAAGACUGUAAUGUCCAGGGUCACAUGCCUUCUUCCUUUUACCAUAUGGCAACCAGUAUACUGGACCUUCUUCAUCUGCCACGCCCAACUGAUUCACAGUGCAUGGAUGAAAACUCUGGAGUGGAAAUAACCAGGAAAGUGGUCUGUGCAAUGCAUGCGGUAGCAGACUGGAAUUCCAUUCUCUCAGAGCUGUUGGAGAUUUUCCGUAUUAAAAAUGUUUUUGUGAGAACUCUGCAGGAACUUUGGCAUAAGGUGCUACCCUUCAUGUCCCCUUCUGGGAAUCAAGGUAAUGACAGCAUCCCAGAACUCUGUCCUAGUGGUACCAUAAAGCAAGAUGCCUUGCAAAUUGUAGAAACACUAAAAUAUGCAAAUUUUACAAAAUUUUUACUGGAUGAAAACAUGCUGGACAAACUAGGUCAUUUAGACAAGAUUCUUAACAUUACUGAAGGCACAGAGACAUCUCCCCAAAGUAAUGUUUACUUAAAUUUGGAGAGAUUAUUCAAAUUGAUUUCUGCUGUUUGGAGUUUAAGAAAUAGUACUCAUUAUCUAUUCUCACCAAUCACAGACUUUCUGAAUGCAAAUCGUACAGACAAGAGCCCAGACUCAUUAUCAAGUUUAAUUAAAAAUGAUACAACAACUAACAACUUUGAAGAACUAUGGUUUGACUUUAAACAAACCAUCAAAGACCCAACCAAUAACUUGAGUCUAGGACAACUACUUUCUGAUAUUAACAAAAAGAUCCAAGGCAUAGCUCUUCAAAACACAACUGUGCAACUUCCUCAACUUCUUGAAAUCCUAGAUUCAUCAUGGUUGAAGAUUUCAGAAAUUACUGAAGGCUUUCUAUUUGUCAUAAAACAUUGGCUCCAAGAAUAUGAAAAUGAGAAUUACUUUAGGCUAAUGCAAAGACUAUUCAAUGCCAUGGCCAGUCGGAAUUCAACUGAUGUAACUAUGUUGGCCAGAGAUCUUACUACGUAUUUGGGGUAUCUCAGAAACAGUACCAGAGAAGGGAAUUUUGAUGUUGGCAUUCUCACCCAUAUGCUAAAUCAUGAGCAGCUACCUGACUUCUCAACUGUUCAGUUGCUUCUUGAAAGCAUUGUGAUGGAUUUAGCAGGUGACUUUGCUGAGCGUUCUCAGGGAUCAACUCCGAGUUUUAGUGGUACUGACCUUCACAUAAUGGACUUCAUUAAUCUCAUCUUGAACCACACACAGUCCACAAAUGGGGGAGAAAGUACAGGAAGCACAGAGGAUUUCCUGAAGCAGCUUGUGGAGACAUUCCUCUCCUCUUUGCUAAAUGGAAUGCCUGAAAAUAAAAUAUCACUUCUGCUAAAAGACUUCCAUAGGGACUUCAUUGCAGAGAUGAGUUUUGUCCCCAGAGAUAAAAUUCUCGAAAUUCUGAAACUGGAUUCAUUCCUUACCUGGAUGAAUGAAGACCCAAUGGUGAGCAUUUUCUCAAGCUUCAGGACUCUGUAUCAACUGAUUAAGAACGCAUUUUCAUUAGACAACAGAGAACUCUCUGGAGUCCUGAAAGGUAUAUCUCACACCCAUCCAGGGGAGCCCAGGGUGAACAGUGACACUGAAGACCACAUGGACUUCUUUACAGUAGUGACUCAGCUUCUCUCCCAGGCCAAGCAUUCUGAGGACCUCUCCAAAUUCAACCAAAAUCUCACAUCCAUUCUCCACCUCGUAAGAGAAAGUUCUGCAGAAAUGGCUAGUAUUAUGGACAUUCUCUUACACUCACCUACUCAGCUCUGCCCCUCCUCCUUUCCUGUACUCCACCACACUGUGGUUGCUAAGCUAACUGACCUGUUUUCUGUUGUAAAUAGUUCAUUCCCUCUGAGAAACAGAGAAACACUAGAAUCAACUAUGAGGUUAUUUGGUGCCAUUUCCUCAGUUGGUGAAGAAAGUCACGUUCUGGAGUCUGCCUUAGAAAUAUCUAGAACUCUAACGAUGCUGGUGACUAACACUGCUGAACUGGGUGAUCUCACCUUAUCAGUGGACUCCAUGGUGAGAAUUCUCAAUCUAGCCAAAAAGGUUUCAAGAAAGAUGGCUUCAAUGUUGGGAGUGCUCUCCUUCUCUAGUACAGAGGACUCCUGGAAAUUCUUUGACACUUUGUAUUCCAUCAUGCUACAAAGUUUUCAACAUCAUGUGAGACACAUAACUACUUUGAAAAAAGUAGAUCCUUUCAUAUUUGAAAAGACAAAGGAUUUGUUGAUGCCAUUUCUUGACUUGGCCUUUGGGAUGAUUAGAGUCACACCUAACAUAUCACAGGACUCUGAUAUUUUCAGCACAUCAUCUAGUGUCCUUUUGUUUGUCAACCAAUCCAAAGAUUUUUCUGAGAUUUUGGAAGAAAUGGCUGAAAAUUUAAUUUCUACAAAAAUCAGGUUGAGAGAUUUGGAGCAUCUUGUGGUGGUGAUUAAAAACAGCACUCAAAAUUUUUCUACUGAGGCUGUUAACUUAUGGGAAGAGAUUCUGGAUUGCUUAGUCCCUCUAAAUAACAUCACUGACCAAAUAGACUUCUUGAGGUUUUAUGAGCUUUCUUCUACCAGUCAUCCUCAGGGGCCGAGACUGGAGGGAAGUCAGGAAGCGAUCCGUUUGUUGGAUGGAAUGCUAACAGAUAACAGCUCAGAAAGAGAGACUUCCUUGAAAAUGGUGAUUGACCUCACCUUAAAAGCUCUUGCGAAUGGCUUAAAAGAAGAUAACUGGGAAAUUUUUAAUCUCCUCUUGACAUUUGCCCAGCACCCAAAUGACCUUUUAAAAACCAUAGAAUCAGUUGUAGAGACCUCUAGCAGAAUUCACAAUGACUAUGGAGAUGAUUUAAACCAAGAUUUAAUUUCCAACCUGUCAUUGAUCCAGAACACCACUCGCUAUCAGCUUGCAAAGGCAGUCCUGAUUGGUCUCAGCAGAAUAGUCCUCUCAAGGGAAGGGCUGCUUCCAAAUCGCGCCCAGUGGACACGCUUCACAUACACUUUGUUUCACCCAGAUGACAAGAGUUUUCCUAAUUCAGCCACUGGUCAGAAUGUUACAUCUGCAAAGGAUGGGAGGACCAAGGAAGAAAUGAUGGUAAUUCCUCAUGGCUCUGAACCAAUGUCACACUUCCAGAAAUUCCUGAAGGCAUUAUUUGUAUUGAUUGAACACUGGCAGAGAGUCCCACAAGCUGAUCAAAGUGUUUCUGAGAUGUGUCAAGUUUUCCGGCAGCUGGAGAAGCCCUCGGAAGCUGUGGAGAUGCUGCACAGAGUGGAGAUGAUGGCUCUGCGUGUGCUCAUCAUCUUUGCAGAAAACCCUUCCCUGACUAAGGACAUUCUGUGUGCUAUGCUGAGUUGCAAAGGAGAUGGGAUGAGGCCUCUAAUUUUAUCUGCUCUUCGAGGAGUCACUCUAGUACAUCACCACUACCAGGAAAUCAGAAAGAUAUGGUCCUCACCAGAUCAGCUGGACUGUGAACGGCUUAGCAGGGCUCUUUUCAGUGCCUUGGAAGGCUUCAAAAGCAGCUUGGAAAAUGCUUCUAGCCAGGGCUGCACAUGCCAGCCCCUGGUGGGAACAGUUCAGCACCACAUGCACAGGUUGAUCAAAAGUCUCAAGGAGACUUGGAUGACAAAGAUUCCUGUUAUGAUGUUUCUUAGCAAUUUCACAGUCACAGAGGAUGUAAAAAUAAAGGAUUUGAUGAAGAACAUCACCAAAUUAACCGAGGACCUUCGCUCCUCCUUCCACAUCUCAGAUGAGACCAUCCACAGCAUCCUAGAAGCCAACAUUUCCCAUUCAAAGCUUCUCUCCAGUGUCCUCACUGGAGCUUUGUCUGGAAAGUGUGAUGAAGAAAUUCUUCAUCUCCUGCUGACAUUUCCUGAGAGUGAGAAAUCAUGGUUUGCUACAAGGGAACUCUGCAGCCUGCCUGGAUCUCAAGUAUUCUCUCUGCUCGUGGUGAUGGGCCAGAACCUGAACCUGAGGAACUUCAUUUACAAAACUCUGAUACCCUCUGAAGCAAAUGGCUUGCUCUACUCCCUGUUGGAUGUCAUUUCCAGCCUCAGCUCCAUCCUUGCCAGAGCCCAGCAUGCCCUUGAACACCUCUCUGAAUUUCUUCACACAUUUAAAAUCACCGCCUUGCUAGACAUGCCAGACUUCCAACAGGUGUCACAGAAAGACCAAGCCAGAAGUUCAUCUUUUGCCUCUUUCCAGUCUGUGAUGAAGCUUCUCUGUAAGGACCAGCAGUCUUUCCUCAGCAGCUCUAACAUGUUCGUUAAUUUACCCAGAGUUAAUGAACUCUUGGAGGACGAGAAAGAGAAGUUCAACAUUCCUCAUGACUCAACACCAUUCUGUCUGAAGCUUUAUCAGGAAAUUCUACAGUCUCCAAAUGGUGCACUGGUAUGGUCUUUCCUAAAACCUGUAUUACAUGGAAAAAUACUGUAUACACCAAACUCUCCAGCGAUCAAUGAGGUCAUUCAAAAGGCUAAUUAUACAUUUUACUUUGUGGAUAAGAUAAAAAACUUAUCAGAAACACUUCUGAAGAUGUUCAGCCUUUUCCAGGGGAGUGGAAAUGGCCAAAUGUUCAACCAGUUGCAGGAUGCCCUGAGAAACAAAUUUAUAAGAAACUUUGUAGUGAGCCAGUUGCAUGUUGACGUGGACAAGCUUUCUGAAGAUCUGCACACAUAUGGACGGAUGCUGGACAAGAUGUUUAGCCAUGGGGGGGCUGGACACUUCCAGUUCUUGGGCGGUAUCGUGGCCAACCUCUCUUCCUGUGUGCUGUUGGACCGAUUCCAGGCAGUGGAGGCUGUUGACACCCUGGAGACCACUGCGCAUGAACUCAUGCAGCAGAACAGUUUCUUGGCCAGUGUCAUAUUCAACAGUUCCUUGGGACACAGACACAUCAGAUCAGCACGUCACAAAUUGCCACCCCAUGUCACAUAUACAAUCCGGACCAACGUCUUAUACAGCAUGAGGACAGACAUGAUAAAAAAUCCUUCCUGGAAGUUUCAUCCUCAGAGUCUACCAGCUGAUGGGUUCAAAUAUAACUACAUUUUUGUCCCUCUACAAGACAUAAUUGAGAGAGCCAUCAUUGCAGUACAGACUGGGCAGGAAGCCCCGGAGCCAACAACACAGGCGCAGGCAGCUCCCUACCCAUGCCACACCAGUGACUUGUUCCUGAACAACGUUGGCUUUUUUUUCCCACUGAUUAUGAUGUUGACAUGGAUGGUGUCUGUGGCCAGCAUGGUCCGGAAGCUGGUUUAUGAGCGAGAGAUCCAGAUAGAAGAGUACAUGCGGAUGAUGGGGCUGCAUCCGGUCAUUCACUUCCUGUCCUGGUUCCUGGAGAACAUGGCCACAUUAGCUCUGAGCAGCGCUGCUCUGGCUGCCAUUCUGAAGAUGAGUGGCAUUUUCAUGCAUAGUGAUGCUUUCAUCAUUUUUCUUUUCUUGCUGGACUUUGGAGUGUCAGCUGUCAUGCUGAGCUAUUUCUUAAGUGUGUUUUUCAACCAAGCAAACACAGCAGCCCUGUGUACCAGUUUGGGGUACAUGAUCAGCUUCUUGCCCUACGUCGUUCUGUUAGUCCUACACAACCAACUCAGCUGUGCCAUUCAGACCCUUCUGUGCUUGCUCUCAACCACAGCCUUUGGACAAGGAGUCUUUUUCAUUACAUUUCUGGAAGGACAGGAGGAAGGGAUCCAGUGGAGUAACAUGUACCGAGCUCCAGAGCCAGGGGGCAUGACAUUUGGCUGGGUAUGCUGGAUGAUUCUAUUUGAUUCAAUCCUUUAUUUUCUCUGUGGAUGGUAUUUCAGCAAUUUGGUCCCUGGAACUCUUGGUUUAGGGAAACGGUGGUAUUUCCCCUUCACUGCAUCCUAUUGGAAAAGUGUGUGUGGUUUGAUGGAGAAGCGGCGGCGCUCUCUGAGUUCUGGUCUAUUCUUCUUCAACGAGGACUUUGGCAACAAAGGCUUCUCACAGCAAAAUGGCCCAGGAGAGCUGGAAGGUACUUCAGGAGUGGCUCUAAUGUCUGUGACCAAGGAAUAUGAAGGCCACAAGGUGGCUGUCCAAGAACUCACCCUCACCUUCCACAGAGACCAGAUCACAGCACUGCUGGGAACCAAUGGUGCAGGGAAAACAACCAUCAUAUCCAUGUUGAUGGGGCUCUACCCUCCGACUUCUGGAACCAUCAUCAUAAAUGGCAAGAACCUGCAGACAGAUAUGUCCAAGGUCAGAGAGGAGCUGGGAGUGUGUCCACAGCAGGAUGUUCUUCUGGACAACCUCACUGUGCGGGAGCACCUAGUGCUCUUUGCCUCCAUUAAAGCACCUUGGUGGACCAAGAAGGAGCUACAGCAGCAAGUCAUCAAAACUCUCGAUGAAGUAGAGCUAACUCAGCAUCAGCACAAGCCAGCUCGAGUUCUGUCUGGAGGCAUGAAGAGGAAACUCUCCAUUGGCAUUGCUUUCAUGGGCAUGUCAAAGACAGUGGUUCUGGAUGAGCCAAGCAGUGGAGUGGACCCUUGCUCCCGUCGCAGCCUUUGGGACAUUCUACUCAAGUACCGGGAAGGUCGUACAAUCAUCUUCACUACCCACCACCUGGAUGAAGCUGAGAUGCUCAGUGACCACGUGGCUGUUCUCCAGCAAGGGAGGCUCAGAUGCUAUGCUCCUCCUGCAAGCCUGAAGGAGACCUAUGGCCAAGGACUCACCCUGACACUUACCAAACAGCCUUCUGUCCUAGAAACCCAGGAGCCCAAGGAUGUGGCUCGUGUUACAUCCUUGAUACAGGUCUAUAUUCCACAAGCAUUCCUGAAAGAUAGCAGCGGAGGUGAGCUGACCUACACCAUCCCUAAGGAUGCAGACAAGACCUGCUUCAAGGGGCUUUGCCAGGCCCUGGAUCAGAACUUACAGCACCUACACCUGACGGGGUAUGGCAUCUCAGACACCACCUUGGAAGAGGUGUUUUUGAUGCUUUUGCAAGAUACCAACAAAAAGUCUCACAUCACUCCAGAAACCAAAUUAGAACCGCAGAAUGAGAGACCUGCUGGACCUCAGCACUGUGUCUCUUCUGGGAGGACCCCACCUGUAUGGACCUUGUCCGAGCCCAUGGAGGGUUUCCAGCUGCUUCUGGGACAGGCCAUGGCACUCCUGAGGAAGCGGCUACUGCAUACACUAAGAGCCCGGAAAAGCACCGCCUCAGACCUGCUAUUGCCGGUGCUCUUUGUGGCCUUGGCCAUGGGCUUGUUCAUGGUACAGCCUCUGGCUACCACAUACCCUCCUCUCAAACUGACACCUGGACACUAUGAGACUGCAGAGACUUAUUUUUUCAGCAGUGGGAGCCAUGGCGUGGAUCUCACCCAGGUGCUUCUUCGAAAGUUUGGAGAUAAGGAUCCUCUUUGUGCUGAUGGUCAGCUGAGAAAUUCUUCAGGCUGGCACAGAGACCCUUAUUCUGUCCCAGAAUUCCAGAAGUCAUGUGGCUGCCGGAAGUGUUACAGUAAAAACGCUGAGGCCCCCUAUCUCACCAACUGCCUGGGACACACGCUGCUCAACCUCUCAGGCUAUGACGUGGAAGAGUACUUGCUGGUGCCCUCUGCAAAACCAAGGCUUGGAGGUUGGUCUUUUGGAGUACAAAUUCCCAAUGAAGUUGAAGAUGUAAAGACAAACACAUCAAAACAAAGAACUUUGGCAAAGGUGUGGUAUAACCAGAAGGGGUUCCAUUCUCUACCAUCCUACCUCAAUCAUCUGAAUAACCUAAUCUUAUGGCAGCACUUACCCCCUGAUACUGUGGACUGGAGACAAUACGGAAUAACACUGUACAGCCACCCGUAUGGAGGGGCCCUGCUGAAUGAAGACAAGAUCCUGGAGAGCAUCCGCCAGUGUGGUGUCGCCCUCUGCAUUGUCCUGGGAUUCUCCAUCUUGUCAGCAUCGAUUGGUAGCUCUGUCGUGAGAGACAGGGUGACUGGAGCUAAAAGGUUGCAGCAUAUAAGUGGCCUUGGAUAUCGGACAUAUUGGCUAAUUAACUUCUUGUAUGACAUGCUUGUUUACUUGGUUUCCGUCUGCCUGUGUGUCUCCGUUAUAGUCGCCUUCCAGUUAACAGCUUUCACUUUCCGGGAGAACUUGGUGGCCACAGCCCUCCUGCUGGCACUUUUUGGAUAUGCAAUGAUUCCAUGGAUGUAUCUGAUAUCCAGAAUCUUUUCCAGUUCAGAUGUUGCCUUCAUCUCCUACAUCUCCUUGAACUUCAUCUUUGGCUUGUGUACCAUGCUGAUGACCACCAUGCCCAGGCUCUUGGCCAUCAUUUCUAAAGCCCAGAAUUUGCAGAAAAUCUACGAUGUCCUCAAGUGGGUUUUUACUAUUUUUCCUCAAUUCUGCCUGGGUCAAGGGCUCAUAGAACUCUGUUAUAAUCAGAUCAAAUAUGACCUGACUCACAACUUUGGCAUUGAUUCUUAUGUGAGUCCUUUUGAGAUGAAUUUCUUGGGCUGGAUCUUCAUGGAGUUGGCCUUACAGGGCACAAUUCUUCUCUUCCUGAGGAUUCUGUUACAUGGAGACCUUCUGCGAUGGCCAAGGGUCUACUCUGCCCCACAGGACAUUGUCAAGUCUGCUAAGGACAUAGAUGUUGAAAAGGAACAAAGGAGGGUACUUGAAGGAAGAACUGGCGGGGACAUUCUUGUGUUGUGCAACCUCAGUAAAAGUUACAGAAGCGUUUUCAGGAGGAAGACCACUGCUGUGCAUGGCGUUAGUCUGGGCAUACCACGAGGCGAGUGCUUUGGGCUCCUUGGGGUGAACGGCGCUGGAAAGAGCACAACAUUCAAAAUUCUGAAUGGUGAAAUUCCACCGAGUUCAGGAUAUGCCGUCAUCAGAACUUCACAGGGAGACAUGGUGGAUCUGACUUCUGCUGGCAAAGUGGGCAUCCUCUUUGGCUACUGUCCACAGCAGGAUGCCCUGGAUGAGCUCCUGACUGGCUGGGAACAUCUCCAAUACUACUGCAGCCUUCGUGGGAUUCCAAAGCAGUACAUUCCAGAGGUGGCUACAGAUCUGGUAAGGCGCCUACAUCUCGAACCUCAUGCAGACAAACCUGUGGCCACAUACAGUGGGGGCACCAGACGGAAGCUCUCCACUGCCCUGGCCUUGGUGGGGAAGCCUGACAUUCUUUUGUUGGAUGAGCCCAGCUCUGGAAUGGAUCCCUGCUCUAAGCGGUACCUGUGGCAAACAAUAUCACAGGAGGUUCGGGAUGGUUGUGCUGCGGUGCUGACCUCUCACAGCAUGGAAGAAUGCGAGGCUCUGUGUACCAGGCUAGCCAUCAUGGUGGACGGCAGCUUCAGGUGUCUUGGCCCCCCUCAGCACAUCAAGAACAGGUUUGGUGAUGGUUAUACAGUCAAAGUUUGGCUCCACAAAGAAGGAAGUCAACCUAGUGCCAUUUCUGACUGCUUGAAGCUCCAUUUCCCAGGAAUCCAGUUUAAGGGGCAGCGCCUUAAUUUGCUAGAAUAUCAUGUACAAAAAAGUUGGGAGUGUCUAGCUGACUUGUUCAAAGUUCUAGAGAACAACAAGAGUGUCCUGAAUAUCAAGCAUUACUCCAUCAGCCAGACCACUCUGGAGCAGGUUUUUGUUAAUUUUGCCACCGAACAGCUGCAAAUUCCACAUGUUCCUGUUGAUCCACCAUCCACUGAUGGUCACCAUCUGUACCAUUCACGUAUCUAG